UCUACUUUUACAGAACAGACAUUUGGCUUUUUGGUUUAUUCAUUAGCAUUAUAAUCCAAACCAUAAAGCCGUUUUGCUAUUUAUCCCAGAGUUUUUUUCCUUCCUUCCUUCAGGGGCUAAUUAUGAUAAGAGUUGCAAAGCCUGCAGGCUAUGAAUAGGGCCACUAAUUCUGGUGGCGAGUGCUAAUACAGUUGGCCAGCGUGGGGUUCUUUCUGUCCAUGCCUGGAGCUCAUCUCAUUCCUUUAUUUAAUCUCUUCAUCUUGCCACUAUUGUUUUAUAUGUAUAUAUAUACAUGCUUGGGAUUAGAUGACUGAUGGGUAUCACUACUGUAUUUGGUUGUAUGUUUGGGUAGUAGCCUAGGCAAUCAGAGAUUGAUAGAAUAAGGAAGCCACGAUUCAAUAAGAAGUUUGUUUCGUAUGUUUGGGUAGCCUAGGUAAUCAGAGAUUGAUAUAAUAACGAAGCAUGAUUCAAUAAGAAGUUUGUUUAGUAUGUUUGGGUAGCCUAGGCAAUCAGUGAUUGAUACAAUAAGGAGCCAUGUUUGAAUAAGAAGUUUGUUUCUUUCUUUCUUUCUUUGUGGGUAUGUAUGCAUGCAUUAAGUAAUUCCCUGUGCUCUCUGCUAAAGCCCUCUUUGGAGGUGGCUCUUAGUUUGUCAAAUAUGACGGCCUUGCCCUCGCCUGGAACAGCUGCCUCGGGCACUUCUGGGUCUCAUCAUAUCCAAUCCAUUCCGGGAUUCAAUUGCUCGUCUCCUCUUCAGCUUUCUUCCUCCGCCGCCGCCAAUAACAACAACAACAACAAACGGAAACGCCGUCCUGCAGGAACGCCUGAUCCCGAUGCAGAGGUGGUGGCAUUGUCGCCCAAGACGUUAAUGGAAUCCGAUAGAUAUGUAUGCGAGAUAUGCAACCAGGGCUUCCAGAGAGAUCAAAAUCUGCAGAUGCACAGGCGCAGGCACAAAGUGCCAUGGAAGCUCUUGAAAAGACCCACACCGGAAAUUCGCAAACGGGUGUAUGUGUGUCCAGAUCCAACUUGCCUGCACAAUGAUCCGUGCCAUGCUCUUGGAGACCUGGUUGGCAUCAAGAAACACUUCAGGAGGAAACACAGCAUCGAGAAGCAAUGGAAGUGUGAGAAGUGCUCUAAGGGCUAUGCUGUUCAAUCCGAUUACAAAGCCCACCUCAAGACCUGUGGUACCAGAGGACAUUCCUGUGACUGUGGCAGAGUUUUCUCCAGAGUGGAAAGCUUCAUAGAACACCAAGACAAUUGCAACGCCGCUAAGGAAAGAGCAACUUUUGGGUACAGUGAUCCACCAAGCCUGCCAUCCUUAACAGGAAGAACCAGCAGUUCCAACGACACAUUCAGCGCCAACAGGUCCGGGAUUUCAUCAGCCGGAAGGCCAUUUGAAUCCACAAAGUUUCAGGACCAAGCCUGGCUGAAAGUGAAUCAGAGAGAGCGUCAAUUCCUCCCUGCAAAGAACAAACCCAAUACAUCAGAAACAACACUCCAAGGGGCUGUAACCAAUGUAGGCGCUGCAGUACUAUUUAGAGAUCAUAUAAAAAUCCCAAUUACCCAUUCUCCCUCAGCACCCAUUGAACCAAUCCGUUCAUCUACCUCAGAAGAAGACAUGUUCGAAAAUGCUCCGGGGCUGCAGCUCUCUAUUGGCUUAAGAACCGACUACAAGAUCAAAUCACCAGUGAGAACAGACCGCAGACCAAAAAGGCUCACGCUCCCUGAAGAUAUCAGUUCCUGGAAACCAGUAGACCAUGAAGAAACGGGAACACAUAUGAAGAACGGAGAUCCCUCAGGCAUGGUUACAGGAGCUGCCAGUUUUGUAGGUCGAAGAAAUAACAGCCAGAGAAACCAGUCAUCCUCUGAAAUGCUCUGGGCACCUGCUCAAAUGAUGGUCAGACGGGAUUCAAGCCUGCUCUAUCUGCCAUGGAUAUCCGGGCAGCAAAACGCAGCCACCGAAUCUCUGGGGAGCAAAACAGAAAUGCCCUCAGCUCAGAGCGACAUUGCAGGAGCUGAGCUUCUGAAAAGACAGGCGAGAGAACAACUCAGACAGGCAUCUCAGGAAAAGGCUUCUGCUGAGCAGGCCAGAGAUUUGGCCAAGAGACAGAUCGAAUUGGCCGAAGCAGAAUUUGCCACUGCAAAAAGAUUACAAGAACAGGCUCGAGCACAACUGGCCCAUGCUCAGCAGCUCAAAGAACAAGCCACCCGCAGGAUUGAUGAAACCAGACUUGAAAUAACAUGCCAAGCUUGCCGCCAACAGUUCAUGUGUCAUGUUAAUGCCGUCAGUAGUAGUUCUAAUGGGCUUCAACUGGAGUUGCAGUCAGAUUUUCAAGGAUGCACGAAUGAUCCGAAGAAGGAAGCGUGAGGAAAGGAAAUCAUAUCAUAUCAUAUCCCUGCAACGCCUGUAAUUUAUCAAAUUCGGUAAGCGGAUCGUGUCCUUGGAUAAUUUCUUGAAUGCAUGCAUAUAUUCUUUUGCUAGAGUUGGAUCAAUAAGAUGUCUGGUUGUCCGUGUUAUAAUCACAGAACUAGUUGCAUCAAGUUGCCCACUGUUCAUUCUGCAUAUAAUGUAUAUGAUGUUCAGAUUAUGGGAAAUUGGAAAUUCACAAAUAUGCCUCGUGAAACACCAAUUUGGAACCCUAAUAAAAAUCAAGCAUCGUAUGUUAUUUUCUUUGCUAUGCCUUUCCUAUGUAAAUCUGCUUCCUGGGUCAUCUACUCAACCACCUAAUCUGUUUCUUCUUCUUAAUAAUCAAAUUAUUCUGGUUCUCAGUCUCGUCAUUUUAUCAAUAAUGAUGGAUUCAGUCCCAAUGUUUCAGAAGAACAGACUGUGCAUUGUGUUUGGUAUUUGUUUACUCACAAUUGUUUCAUAAGAUUAUAAGUGAGAACAGAUAUAUAUCUUUUCACUG